UUCCGGUUUCUGGAGCUGAACCAAGCUCCUGGGAAGUUUCUGGAGUGAAGUUCAGUGUUCUGAGUGCCGGAGCCGGGGUGGCAAGAGGCCCCGCCGUGCCUGGCGAACCUGGGGACCUGAAAUCUUUGCUUUCACAAUCAUAUCUGCAGUGCCAACAGCAACAAAAAAUGAGUGGAUCCCUGGGUUUGGUAUCAUUUGAGGAUGUGUCUGUGGACUUCAGCUGGGAGGAGUGGAAGGACCUGGAUGAUGCUCAGAGGACCCUGUAUAAGGAUGUAAUGCUGGAGAUCUAUAGCAACCUGGUGUCCUUGGGACACUGUGUUCCUAAACCUGAAGUGAUUGUUAAGCUGGAGCAAGGAGCAGAACCAUGGCUGGGAGAAGCCCUAGAUAAGAAUAUCACAGAUGUCCAGCAAGUAGAUGGCUUCGGUGAAAUGUGCCAGGAAAGUCCAGACAGACAUCUGUUACAAGUCAUAAUCAAAAGUAGCAACAUAGUGGAGGAAAGAGUUCGUUUUUUAGGUGUGAAAAAUGAAACAAAUCUUCUUACUACAAAUCAGAUCUCAGUGUACAGCGGGAAACUCUCUCAGGAGAGAUACCCCAUGAAUAUAAUGAAUGUAAUUACCAGAAAUCAGAUCUCAGCAAGCCUCAGAGAACUCAAGCAGGAAACAAAUCACAUGAGUGUAACACAUGUGGAAAGUCUUUCAAGCAAAACCCAUACCUCAAUGUUUAUCAGAAAAGACACACAGGAGAGAAAUCUUAUGAAUAUAACCCAUGUGCAAAGUCUUUCAAAAGGAAAUCAUAGCUCGAGGUGCAUCAGAGAACAUACAGGGGAGAAACCACAUAAAUGUAACGUGUGUGGAAGGUCUUUCAGCCAGAGGUCUUAUCUCCGCAAACAUCAGAGCACACAUACAGGAGAGAAACAAUCUGAACGUAAUGCAUGUGGAAAUGCUUUUGUCAUCGAAUCAAACCUUAAAAGGAAUCAGAACACACACACAGAGGAGAAACCAUAUGAAUGUGAGUCAUGUGAAAAGUCUUUCAGCAAGAUGUCUUCUCUCCACAAGCAUCAGCUUACCCAUACAAGAGGGAAACCAUAUGAAUGUAACACAUGUGGAAAGUCUUUCACCCAGAUGUGGUAUCUCCGCAGACAUCAGAAAACACACACUGGAGAGAAACCUUAUGGAUGUAACUCGUGUGGGAAGUCUUUCAUAAUGAUUUCACAUCUCCGCAUGCAUCAGAGCACACACACCGGGGAGAAACCAUAUGAAUGUGACACAUGUGGAAAGUCUUUUGUCAUCAAGUCCAACCUCACUAGGCAUCAGAGAACACACACCGGGGAGAAACCAUAUGAAUGUAANACAUGUGGAAAGUCUUUUGUCAUCAAGUCCAACCUCACUAGGCAUCAGAGAACACACACCGGGGAGAAACCAUAUGAAUGUAAAUCAUGUGGAAAAUCUUUUAGACGGAUGUCACAUCUCUGUAGGCAUCAGAAUAGACACACAGCAGAGAAAUCUUAUAACUGCAACACAUGUGGAAAGUCUUUCCUCUACAAGUCUAACCUCAUUGACCAUCAGAAAAUACACACAGGAGAGAAACCAUAUGAAUGUGACACAUGUGGAAAGUCUUUUCUCAUAAAGUCACACCUCAAUACACAUCAGAAAACACACACAGGAGAAAAACCAUAUGAAUGUAACAUCUGUGGAAAGUCUUUCACCACGAAGGCAAUCCUCAAUUAUCACCAGCCAAUUCAUACAGGAGAGAAGCCUUAUGAGUGUAACAAAUGUGGAAAGUAUUUUGUCUACAAGUCAUCCCUCAGUAUACACCAGAAAACACACACAGGAGAGAAACCAUAUAAAUGUAACAGAUGUGGAAAGUCUUUUGUCAUGAAGUCAUACUUGAGUAUGCAUCAGAAAACCCAUACAGGAGAGAAACCAUAUGAAUGUAAUUUAUGUGGAAAGUCUUUCAGCCAGAGGUCUCGUCUCUGCAUUCAUCAGAGCACACAAAAGAAACCAUAUGAAUGUAACACAUGUGGAAAGUCUUACUGAAAGAUUAAAAAUUAGAGUUACAUUUUACAAUUGCUAACUG